UAAAGACUGCCCAGUGAGCAAAGUCUCAUCUCAUUCAACCCCGCUCGACCGGUUUCGCUCAAGUCGAAGUCCGAGCCGUGCACGCCGCAGCAGUUCACUCGAGUCGACAUUCUCUCAUAACUUUCCGGAUUUUGCCAAUUAUUUUGUAAAAAUGGUUAACAUCCCUAAGCAGAGGAAGACCUUCUGCAAAAAAUGCAAGGUCCACAAGUUGCACAAGGUAACUCAAUAUAAGAAGUCCAAGGAAAGGACGGCCUCUCAAGGGAGGAGACGUUACGACCGAAAGCAACAGGGCUACGGAGGUCAGACUAAACCUAUCUUCAGAAAGAAGGCUAAGACUACCAAGAAGAUCGUGCUCCGUAUGGAAUGUACGGAAUGCAAAUAUAGGCAGCAGAUGCCCCUUAAGCGAUGCAAACAUUUUGAGUUGGGAGGAGACAAGAAGCGCAAGGGACAAAUGAUCCAGUUCUAAACAUAUUUUUAUUCUUUCCUGAUAAUAAUUGUUAUAAGAACUCGUUUCACUUUGUAUUCCGGGCGUGGAAGGGACAACCAAUAAAAUUUGUUAUGAAAAUUA